CGUAACAUCGGUGUCAUCGGUUCUUCUUCCUUUUUAUAAGGAAUUAUAAGAGAGGAUUUAAGUAUGAUAUCCGGCAUAAUUAGCUCGUAGCGAGUAUUGGAAUCUAUGAAAAUGUAUGGCUGAAUGGUAAAAGUUAAUUUGUGAUUAUGUAAAUGUGUUAUCGAAGACAGAUAACCUUAUAUGGAAAGGAUACGAAGAGCCUGUGUUCGUUCGGUUUGGAAAGCGCGUCCAGGCCACAGUAGUUUGGAAACAGGAAGGAAUGACAAGCGAGCAUCCGGCAUUGCUUCCACCUCCUCCUCCUCCUCCCUGUCCAGCUCUGGCAUGGCCAGCGGCUCCUCUGUGGCCCAGCAAGAAGAAGCUGUACCAGGCCAUCGCGGAAGGACGCUCCGCUGUAGAGGGAGACCACGAGGAGGCCCGCCUCGUGCUCGUUAAAAGAGAGAGCAGUUUCAGGAAACACCUGCAGUGGGUGCUCUUCAACAAGUAUGUCCCUUCCCUCAUCCAGGAUGGACCCCAGUGUGGCCUGGUUGCCUUGUGGAUGGCAGCCCAUCUGCUGCAAUCCCCCACAGAGCUAUCCAUAGAGAGGAUAGUGAAGGUAGCGAAGGAAAGAGGGUACACUGCUCAAGGGGAGAUCUUCUCAGCCCAUGACAUGGCUUUGCUGGCCGAGGAGAUGUGUGGCUGCCGUGCGGAGCGACUGACAGGAGGUAUGAGUGGGCCCAACUUUGGCCUCAUCCUGAAACACCUUGCCAGCGGAAAGCCAGUUCUCAUUCCCUAUGAUGAAGACUUCAACCACGAGCCAUGUCAGCGCCGUGGCCAUAGAGCUCACUGGGCUGUGGCUUCAGGGAUACUGCUGGCCCUGAAAGAGGGAUGUCUGAAUAAGGAGGAGUUCCAGCCAGAUCCUGUGGUCCCCUGGCUCCUGUUGCCUGGUGACAGCCCUGCCUGCCCCAUGGAGGGGAUCCAGGAUGCAUUUGUUCUUGCAAAGCAGGGCAAGAGCCUACAUUACCAGCUGUUGGGCUUGGAAAAGCUGGCACAGAGCAAUGCUCAACUGAAGGAGAUGGAUCCCAAGCGUGCUGCAGAUGGUUCUGUUUACAUACUACCCCAAGGGGGGAUGGAAGUGGGACUGGCAGGACAGGUGGUCCUCCUACACUGAGAUGGCCUGAAGAAAUGACAUUUAAACUCCUACCUCUAGAACAGCUGCUCUGCUGCUUCCCAGGCUAAAUUUUUGUUUACUCACCAAGAUUGUUUCAUAAGAUAGUGGAGAGAAGCUAAAAAAGACUGAGGAGCAGGCAGGAAAGAGCACAGUCUGCUCUUAUACAAAGGAUGAGUUUGCUUGGUGUGAAAGAACUGAAAUGGAAGUACAGCCAGUGCCUGCAGAAGUUCUGUGAUCGUAGGUGGUGAAGCAGUGCAGGAUCUCAGCCAGAGAGCAAACAGGAAGCCCUUUUUGAGUGCCUUAAGCUCUUGUCAUGGGUAUCUUCAUGUAUUGUGUGUUAUGCAGCACAUCUGAUGCAAUAGAUAAAAAUGGUGGCAAGGUUUUUUCUCUUUUUUACUAAAUAAAAAAAAAAAAAUGGAAUGGCUCUUGCAGCUUGCUCAUAUCUUUCACUACUUAGCAAUUAACCGUGGCUAAAACUUCCUUCCGACAGUACUACCAGAAUUAAAUGAAAGUUGUAACGUUCGCCCCUGUAAAAAUUCACUGCAAAAUAGA